GUUAAAAAUUGUAUAUAAUAUAUGUAAGGACAUUUUCAGGACGUGUGUUCAUCUUAUAAUUUUUGUUUUGGGCCAAAAUUGUUAUGGUUUCAUUUAUAAAAAGUGCAGUUAAUCAGCGCCAUGGGAGCAUCGAGAGUUAAGCCCUUCUCUGACGCGGAGUGCAAAGCCAUGAAGAGGUUCAUGAGGAGUUACAGGAAGAACCAUGCCGACCUAGACGAAGACGAGGUGAAGAGGUCAGGAGAAAAUGCCUGGGGAAAGCUUAUGCCCCAUCAAAAAAAGCAUUUUGAAGUGAGACCCAAAGAAAUCUCCGUAAAUAGAGUAUUGCCCGCCACCAGAAAAAAGCCUGAUAAGCAGAAGAAAUCAGUGCCCGGUUGGCGUUAUCAUGUCAGGAAAAGAACAAUGUUCAGGCCUAAAAAUAAUCUUUCGAGUCCUGUAAUGAGCGGCGCCUUCAUAGGAUUUCUGCGCGAGUACCAUAGAAGAAACGCCAGCUUAGACGUAAAGAAAAGGCUGCAAAGAGCAGCCAAGAUGUGGUCAAAACUCACGGAAGCUCAAAAAAGCAAAUUUCGAAUGAUGGGAGAGAGGAAAAGAAGGAAGUAGCAGAAUUCAACGGGUUGUUAUUAACACUUGUAAAUGAAGAAUUAACAAUAAAUUAUCUUAUAAGCA